AUGGAAGAAGCACUUACUAAACCAAGGAAUGUUACUCAUACCUUAUAUAAAUUAUAUAACUGGUUACAAAUGGAAAUAAUUGAUCUUAAUCCUGAAUUCCAAAGAGCAAUUAAACAAUCUCAUCUAAUAGAUUCAAUCCUUAACAACUUUUACGUUCCACCAAUAAUUUUUUCUUGUAAAAAGUUAGAUAACAAAAAAUGGAUCAGAGUAUGUAUUGAUGGUAAACAAAGGUUGACUGCUAUCAGAAAAUAUAUGGACAAUGAAAUUCCACAUAGUAGCCCAUCAGAUGGUAAUAUUUCUAAAAAAUUUUAUAAAAAUACUAAUGGUAAAAAGGCAUUGAGCGAGGCUGAAAGAGAAUUAUUCGAUUGUUCUGAAUUGCUUUGUGUUGAAUAUUAUGAUCUUUCAUUGCAACAAGAACAGGAAAUUUUUAGUAGGGUCCAAUUAGGUGUUGCCUUGACGCCAGCCGAAAAAUUACAAGCUAUUAGCAGCCCAAUGGCUGAUUACGCACACUCUAUCUUCAUUAAAUAUCCCCAAAUAUCACUAAUAAUGGAUACAAAACGAGCUAGGCCAUUUCAAUUGAUAACACAAUCAUUACACAUGAUCGAGCAUGAACCUGAUAGAUUCAAUGCAACACCUACCACUAUAGCAAAAUUCUUAAAGGAAGAACGCGUAAUACCCUCGGAUCUAAAAAUGGUUGCAGAUAGGAUUUAUCAAACACUUGAAGAAAUGAUAGCUGAUAAUGCUGAUGUGUUUCACAAAGAUAAUAGAUUGGCUCCUAUAGAAUUCGUUUUUUUAACCUAUAUGAUUGCAAAAUAUCCUAAUCUACCAAUCCCUCAAUAUCAAAGUCGUCUAUUGGCCAUGAAGAAACAUGUUCGUCAAAGUCACGAUGACAUUAGAUUCAAUAACAAAGUGUAUCUCACUUUAAAAAGCUUCAUUGAUGGUAUGGAAUCUGAAUAUAUAACAGAACCGGAACUAGCAAAUAAUUCUUCCUACUCUGUCUCUUCUUUAUCUACUUCAUCACAACACAAUCAAACCCCAUUGGUUCCUGAUGGUAUUUUAAUUAAAAACGAGUCGAUGAGUCAUGGUGGUUCUUCUAGGGCAAAAAAAAGAGCCAAAGUUUCCGGAACAAAUAAUUAA